UUCCUUUGAUUUUUAUUUUACUAUUUUGAUUGAUUUUUUGUGUGCUUAUUAUUAAGUGAUUUUAAAAUGUUUGUGACUUGUACGUGUAUUGAUGUAAACGUAACAACUUUACGUACUUAAUGAGUAGUGUUUGAGUAUUAGUAGAUUAAGUCUUUUUGUGACAUUUGUCAUUUCCUUUUUAGGAUAGAUUUUCUUUUUAAAAUGUUGACGAUACAUAUAUAUUUGUAGACAGAAUAAUAAUAAUUGAAAUAGAAUGAUUAAUGUAUUUUGACAAUUCCUAACACAGGAAGUUUAUAUUGCUAUUGCGAGCGCGAGAGCUAAGUAAAGCCAUGACAAGUAUUAUUGCCGUAUCGUGCAGAGAUACGCCGAGCGCGCCGCGCGGGACUACUCCCGCUCUCGGACUAUCUACAACCAGUGCAUCCUAUAUGUACCAGUCAACUAUUAAUUAUAAUUAUAUUUUGUAAACAGUAUUGUCACAUUUAACAAUACUAUUAGUAUUAGAUUUUGAUGUAUUUCUUAAUAAUAAAUGUAUUGUCACAAUAUAGGAAGGCACAGAAGUUGCACCUUUAGUAGACACAUUGUUAUGAUGUGUUACACGCUUGUCCGUUCAUCCGGCCCAGUCAUAUAGAUUGACACUGAAGCUUUUUUAUAAACAUUCGAAUAAUAUUUUAACUUUCGCUAUAAAAACUAGCCAAUGUCCAGGGUUAAGUAACAACAGUAAUAUAAAUAAAAGUAACUGUUUAUAACUACAGAGUCAGUGUUAAUGUAAUACCUGGCGCACAAAAUAUAGUGUUAUAGGGAGCACGAGUUAACACAUGUUGUAGCCAGGACAAGAAGUCUCAACGUCAUUUAGCAUGAGCCAGCGAGAGCUCACGCGACUGAGGCAUCGUACGCAGUUGUACUUCUGUUAAACCUGUAUUGUGUGGUAUUUUUUCAAUAAAUUGUAUUAGAUGUAACGUUUGUUUGUCUUGACACUUUCUUGUUGCGUCACGCACAUUCUCUCUGAAGUGGUAGACACAGGAUGUGGUACGGUGGUCGAUACUACGCGAUACCCCGCGGUUACGUAACUGUCUGUGUAUUGAUUUCAUAUUGCUGUUACAUCUAAUAUUGAUUACUUAUUCUUAUCACUGUUUUUUUAAAAUUAUUUAAAUUUUGAUAAACCUAGUGCAUAUGAUAAGUCUGAGAUCCAUUUAAAACAACUUCAGUAACCUAAUCCUAGGACAUGAAAUAUAAGGAACAUAGUUAUUGAGUAACUAAAUUGAUUAUCCAAGCACGUGCUGUUAAUUAUAAUGUAAUUUGAAUAUUCAAAUACGAAUACGAUUACACCUAACUUAGAGACUUACACGGUUAUCGUUUCUCCCCAUCUUGGGCACAGGACGUGUGGCGAUGUAACGCAAACGUAACGUAACUGGAUGCGUUGUGGUUUGUUAUGGGUCUCGGGUUGUUAGGAUUAGAUAACGACUUUUCAGUAAGUCUAAGUUUUCUUUUUAACUCUGUUUUCUUAUAUCUGUCUGACUUUAACUCAUGGAUGAAAAGCUACGGAUAAACUAGUUAUUCAAACACAGUAAACUAUUUUCUACAAACCUGAAAUGGCAAAAGAAAAUAUGUGCGAGGAAACGCAUGAUGUAUGACCACUGAUCAGUAUGAAUUAAGUGUAAUUGUCGGGAAACGGGCGCGAGAGGCGCGCAGUCACGCGAGCGGCGCGGCGCCGCGGCGGGGACGUGACGGCACAGGUAAGAUGUGAGUUUAGAAUAACUAGAGCAAGGAAUAAGAAGGUAAGGACUCCCACUGAAUAUCUGCAAAUGUAUUUACCAUUGUUUCUUUGCAAAUAGUAAACUUUCAUAUUUUCCCAAAUCAGGGUUAACUAAAAAAAGCUAAAUACGAAAUUGUUUUUUUAUCAGCAAUAGUGGAGAAAUGUUUAUAUUUUGUUUUCAUAUUCGGCACCUACGCUAGUGUCAAAUUAGGCUCUGACUAUGCAUGCAUGUACACGUACACAUGUACAGGAGACACCUUACAACAUCGGCCCACUUUCAGGUUGUCAGAUUUGUUUAUUGUUAAGCAGGGCUUCAAAUGCCCAAAUGAACAUGUGAUACGUGUUGUGCUCGUAAGGCGGGGUUGUGAGCAGGUGUUGCGCACGCGCAUCUUAGCUAGUAUUACAUGUUCCGGCCGGAAGCGAGCGGAGACAGCGCGCAGACAGCCGAGCGCGGGAACUGUCAGGGGAGCUGAGCAUCAACAGCUGGGAGCUGUGUACAUAUAAGUCAGUGUGUUAAACAAGGGACACAUUUUUUUUUCUAUUGUAAUGAAAUUAAUUUUAUUAGUAUAGUUAAUAACAAUAUUCUACAGCUUUUACAUCACGCCAUUUUGUUUCAAACUAAGUAAAGCUUGUAUAAUGAGUACUACACAAUACACAUAUACUAUAGUACUAUAUGUUUCAAAAAACAUACAAAUUAUAGAAAAAUUUCACCUCGAGGUUUCAUGGACAAUAAAAUAAUACUUAGUCUAAAACAAUCCAAUUAAUACAUUACAUGUAUAAAAAAACAUUAUACGUAUAGGAAUGCGAAAAGCUUGGGCGACAAAAUACAAAAGUGAUUGAAUGUUCAAUACAUUUGAGCAAAAUUAUCGUUUUAGGAUCCCUCAGGCGAUUCAGUGCACUCACAGGAAUUCUUAAUAAACACAAUCAGUGGUAUGUUGCGAGAUACUUGCUCGUGACACCUUGCUUAUCAAGUAGUGUUGCAUGUGAGAUCCGAGUUCCUGUGAGAGCUACAUAGAUCUCAGUACAGUCAUAUGGGAAGCUGCGCGGUACCGUUGCCACUGCGCAUGCGCAUGCGCCGUCGUAAUGCAAUCCCCGCGCCUGCGCAUUACCAUUCCUUCUGGUUAAUGGUUAUGUUAUUUGUGGGAACGCUGAAGUACCGGUGCCGAAGAGUCAGCGACUCACACAAGUGCUUCUAAUGUAUUAUGAUUUAUACCUAUAGGUAAAGCAGUACCAAACAGUACAGUACAGUUCAAAACCUUAGUUAUUUUUAAAUGCUGCUUCCUCAAUCAAGAAAAAAGUGUUUCCAAUUCUAUUAUGAUCUAAUAUAUGAAAUUCUCGUGUCACGGAGCACGAAAUUGAACUCCUCCGAAACCGAUCGUCCGAUUCUUAUUAAAUUUUGUGUGCAUAUGCGAUGGAUCUGAGAAUCGGACAGGAUCAAUUUUCCUACCUCCCUUUUUUAUUCUAUAGAACCCAUUUGUAUGGCAAAACAGCGUUUCCUGGGGCAUAAAUAUAUGACAAAGUACUUAUAUUGUACCUAUUUCUGUAUCAGAACCCAAUUUUAUUUUAAAAGUAUGAUCGGAUUUCUUAAACAAAGUUAGUUACUUUAUUGUCAGAGGUGUUUAACAUUUGACCUGGUGUUUAUUAAAACCAUUCAGAAUUUCUCCAUUGUACAUCAUGUUAACCCUAACCCUAUUGAAAAUGUCUGAUGAUGUUACUUCGAAUCUCGUUGAUGUUACUUCCCUAUACGCAAUGUUUGCAGCCAGUUCCGAGUAUCGGUAACAUGUAGUCGGACAAUCAGCAUCAUAAACACGGGCCGAGUUUGUGAGUGGUCGCAGAUCUCGAGCCGCAGGUAAUGUCCAGCGCUUCCGUGAGAGCGGCUUUCACCGGCGCGUGCGCACGCCGCGCUCAUCUCGGCUCAUGCCCAACGCUGGCGAAUAAUCUGGAUGAAACACAUUUAUUGUUUACAUUUCACAGAAUAGUAUAGCAACUCACCAUAUUCACUAAGUAAAUGUGUAUUGUUGUCACAGCACUCGAAUGUAAUAUUUACUAAGUAAAGGAUAAACCUACAUUUUUUAGGCUUUAUUUUCUAAAUUCCAAUUCAAGAAUUAAUCUUUAAAAAAAUGAAUAUAAUGGUUAACGCAGCAUGAAAAUGACGAAGCAUAGCAAAAUAAAUUGUGGGAACAAUACAUAAUCACGCGAUGCCAAAACUCUUAUCAAUGAACAAACAACAGCACAACAACAGACAGGUGCGCUCGCGACUUUCACCGCGCGGCGGCGCGGCGGCGGCGGGAGCGCGCGCCCGCAGUCGCUGCAGAGCCAGCGCGCACGCGCACGUCCAGUGAUGCGCCGACAUGGCCGACGCCGAGCGAGCAGACACGUACGACGCGCGGGUCACCACCGCCACCGUCUCCAGCCUCAAGUCCGAGGACUCCACGGAGCAGCUCAUCUGCAAGACGCCGCAGAACAAAAUCAAGAAAGUGAUUAAAAAAGACAAGAGUGUGAGUUCUAAGAGUGUGGAAGCAGGCAGUGAUGAGCCCGCCAAGCGCCGGCUGGUGGUGUUCUUGGGGUUGGGGCAAGUGGUGCUGGGCGCGCUGCUGGUGGGCGCAGGCGCGCUCGCCGUGGUGAAGGGCGCCGCGCUGUCGCGCGUGGGCGCCGGGCUGUGGGCCGGCUGCGUGGCCGUGGUGGCCGGCGUGGUGGGCGUGCUCGCCGGCAUCAACGACUGCUACGGACUCAACUCGGGAAGUAAUGGGAGCCCGCUGCUGACGGCGUUCCUGGCGCUGUCGCUGCUGUGCCUGGCGUGCGGCAACAGCGCCGCCGUGCUGGCCGCCACCGGCCUGCAGCGCGACUCGCUGCGCCAGCCCGCCGCGCACGCCAGCUUCGAGGAUGAGAUGGAAGCAUGGACCCCAGUGCUCACCAACAUCGCGCUCCUCAUCAUCGCGACGAUCCACUGUUUGGUCUGCAUAGUCAGCAUCUACCACUUAUCGAAGCGGGUCUGUCCGUGCUUCCGUCCCAAGCAGGCGUACGACCACAACCAGUUCUCGCCAGGCUUCCAGCCGGUCACGCAGUACGUGGUGGAG